GGUCACCGUCGCUGCAGUUGGUUGUGGUGGCGAAGAUGCUGGGGCGGACGGCUUUCUGGCUGUGGCGGGCUCGCUACCGACCUUGGCGGCGCCCGGGCAAGAGCUGCGGCCGAGGGAAGCGUGGUGCAGCCACGCUCUCGGUUACGCCGCAACCGAGCCUGGCGGACGAGCCCGUGUGCAUCCGUGCGGCGGGGCUGUCGCCGCACCAGGAGGUCACGCUGCGAGCCCUGGUGCUCACCGAGAGUGAGCAAAUGUUCGACUCCAGCGCCCAGUUCCGCGCCGACGACCGCGGGUUACUUGACGUCGGCCGCUCCCCCUCUUUGGGCGGCGACUACCUGGGCGUGGUGCCCAUGGGGCUCUUGUGGACCCUUUCUCCCGCUAGUAUGGAGAUGCCCUACCAGAAGUUGAGGCCCUGCACCAAUCUGACCGGCAGGCCCCUGCGAGUCGACCUGUCCUUGCACUCGGGCCACACGCAGGCCGGAAUGAUCCCUGGACGGAUCCUGGCCAAGCAGGCUGUCGAUAGGUGGUACAGCAAACCCGGAGUCCGCUGGAUUAGGUUAAGGGAAGGCAGGAUAAGAGGCAGCUUGUUUCUGCCUCCAGGGGAUGGUCCUUUUCCUGGAGUGAUAGACCUGUUUGGUGAUGAAGGCGGUUUGACUGAAUUUCGUGCCUGUCUCCUUGCAAGUCGAGGCUUUGCUGCCCUUGCUCUUCCCUACUUUGGGUUUGAGGAUCUACCAAUGACCCUGGUAGAUUUCCAUCUAGAAUAUUUUGAAGAAGCUGCAGAAUAUUUAUGGAAGCAUCCUAAGGUGAAAGGCCCUGGUAUUGGAGUAAUAGGUUCUUCAAAAGGUGCGGAUUUGGCUCUAUCAAUGAUUACGUUUAUACCAAAAGUGAUGGCGUCUGUUUGUAUCUCUGGCUGCAAUGCAAACACCUUAACUGAUCUGUAUUACAAAGAUGUGUAUCUCCCUUGUGUGACUCACAAUUUAGAUGAAAUCAUUCGUUUGGACUCAGGAGUUCUAGAUCUGUCUGGUACACUUAGUGACCCCAAUGAAAAUCAAAAGAGCAUCAUCCCAUUAGAAAAAGCUGAAGGACACAUCCUGUUUGUGGUAGGAGAAGAUGACAAGAUAUUGAACAGCAAAUUAUUUGCUGAAGAAGCGAUAAAAAGACUGAAUACACAUGGGAAAAAUAACUACAAACUCCUUAGUUACCCAGGAACUGGGCAUCAUAUUGAACCUCCAUGUUCUCCAUAUUGUUUUGCUGUGAUUGACCGCUUCCUUGGGCAUCCAGUACUGUCAGGAGGAGAACCAAUAAAGCACUGCUACGCCCAAGAGGAUUCCUGGCGAAAGAUUCAAGAGUUCUUGCGUUUACAUUUAUGAUGAAAUGAGCUACAGGUUUAAGAAGAUCCUUUUUAUGAACUUUAAGUGUUACUAAUCUAAGAAAUUCUUCAAUAUUUCAUGCAAAAAAAACUGUACAGAGUGCAAUCCAAGAACAUCUGAAAUUCUUACUCUGAGCUACUAAUUACAUUACUGUUGGAAUUUUUUUUUGUUCAAAAGUACUUCAUUAAGCGUUCUGUUAAAGCAGUACUGUCAAUAAGUAUUUCAUCAACAUCAUCCAGUAUUGUAGAGAUUAAAUUCACCUUUGCACGAAGACUUGAAAGCUGUUGAUUGUAGUUGUUUGUUGCAUUUUAUCUUCAUGGUGACAAAUUUAGUUUUAUUUCACCACAAUUGAACUUUUCUUCCCUUGCUUCUAAAGAUUGUAACACAGGUUAGGUAUAAAGUGAUAAUUCCAAAAUUAAUUAUCAUUUUAUGCAACUCCAAACUUUGUUUAUCGAAUCCUGCCUGUACUUUUUUUCUCUCUCUCUCUCACUUACCCUGUCCAUUUGAUAGUAUUUUGGGGACAAAUACUCUCUGGGUGGAAUUUACCUCUGGAAUCUUGUUUUGGCCAUAUAUACAUCUAGGCAACGUUGUUUACAGCCUAGAUAGCUGGACAGAUAACAGGUACCCGCACUAUGGUUAUUUCUGCUUGCUCUUCUUUCUUGAGCCCAUACACUGUCAAGGUCCUUUGUAUGUUUCCAUUUUGCUUUUGGACACCUAUAAACAUGAAAGUCAAUUACCUAGUGUAGCAAUUUUUUUUCCUCUCAAGUGAAUUGAAACUAACAGCAAAUCAAACCUUUUUGUUCAAUUGGAGUUCUCAACUAUAGUUAAUGUAGCCUUUGAACAUGUGUUCAUUUUCUAGGGUGCAUUAAUCAAUAGGCAGUAUUAGUGGAGUGGCUGACUCUCAGAGUUCUUUGUGUUAGUCACUUGGUGCUUGUGAGUGAGACAAAGUAAUGGUGCAUACAAAAGCAAAGAUAACGUUGAAUGAAUAAAUUUAAAUAUACUGUAUAAGAGAUAACCAGAAUUGUACCAGUGAUGACUUCAGUUCACUAAUGUUGCCAGAAUUAUUUUAAUGUGAAAAUUGGAUUUUCUUGUAUUGUUUUCAUAUGGAAUAUGUGUAAUUAAAACAUGCACCUGUUUUGAUUGGAUAAUUCAGUUGUCAGUAGGCAUUUUUUUUAUUAAAAGCUUUUCCUUGUUGAGGGGAGGGAAGGUGUGGAACUGUUGGUGGUGAGUGUUGAAUGAAAAAUGGAAAUUUGUACCCCACUUCCAAGCAAUCGAAAAGGCAUCUUUAUCGCAGGAGAAACAAUUAAAGGAAGAUUGUAAUUGGCACUCUUAAAAACAAACUGCCAGCAUUCAGUAAGCUUAUCUAAUGAUUGGUUGUGAGUGACUUCCUAAACUGCUAAUACAUUUUGAUGUGAAAAGAGAUUCUAUAUACAUGUUGAUAAUGGGAGUACUUCAUGUUUUAAAACUCUUACAUUCUGUGCUUCCUUGUUGCAAAACAUAUUACAAUUGUAACACAUUUCUUGGUUGUCACUAUAAUAUUGGUCACAUUUUUAAUGGGCAUUGCAUAUAUAAGGAUUGACAGUGUUGCUUCACGACAUUAUAAUUACUUGUUAUGACACGGGAGAAUAUUCAACUCACUGGUUCCAUGGUGACUUCUGGUAGUUUGAACCUGUCAGACCCAUUUUUUUUAUUUCCCCAUACUCUCCAUUUGUGGUGCCCAUCAACUCCCCUUUGCAUCAUUUACAGUUGCUGAUUAAUCUGCAUCACUU